CGUCGACGGCGGCGGCGACGGCGUCGCCGUCGACGACGGCGGCCGGCCGCCGACGACGGCGCCGCCUCCGCCGUGGCCCUCGGACGCCCAGGGCGCCGCCGCGGCGCUCGACGAGGCCGGCGAGAGGCAGGCCGCCGCCGCCCUGGAGGAGCGCGCGGCGGUCUCCGCCGAGGUCGAUGCCCUGCGGCGGCACGGCGGCGCGCAGCGGCAGCUGCUGUCGUGCCUGGCCGAGCAGAGGGCUGCGAUGUCGGCGAAGGUCGAGAGGAUGCAGUCCUCCCUGAUGCAGUCCACGGCGGCCGCGCAAG